AUGUCACAUACUCAACCUAUUAUAUUUAAUAAUGAGUGGUCAAUCGGUACAACACAUGGUUCAAUAUUAGAAUCUGAAGGUUCAAAACGUCAAGAAUAUGAAACUGGUUUAGCAACAAGUCAUUUACCAGAAAUGAUAUUCGAUAAAACAACAUUAAAAAUAGUUCAUAUUAAUAAUAAAUUAGAAAUUGUAUUUAAUGCAUUUGAUGCAUUAAAAAGUAUUGAUAUGUAUAAUAAUAUAGAACAAAUUCCUAAAGUAUCUAUGAGUGAAGUAUGGUCAAAAUCACGUAGUAAAGAUAGAGAAUUGGAUUAUGUUAAACCAUAUGAUUGGACAUAUACAUCAAGAUAUAAAGGCACUUUAUGUUCAUCCAGUGAUAAAUCUUGGCAUAUUGAAGUAACUGAUCAACAACUUGAUUUAGAAAAAUUAAAACGUCAAGAACCAAUUUUAUUUUAUGAUGAAUUAACACUUUAUGAAGAUGAAUUAGCUGAUAAUGGAAUAUCAAAUGUAACAUUAAAAAUUCGUUGUAUGCCAAGUGGAUUUUUUGUACUUCUUCGAUUCUUUAUGCGUGUUGAUGGUGUACUUAUACGAUGUUUCGAUACUCGUUAUUAUUAUGAAGCAGGAAAUUCUUAUAUACUAAGAGAAUAUAUUGAACGUGAAUCAGCAAUAUCAUCACUUAAACCAGAAUUUCAAUCAACGUCGGAUAUUAAUUCAGUUAUUACACAAUUAAAAACUAAUGUACAUCAAUUAGAAAAACUUUUUUUUAAAACAUCAUCAUAG